UUUAGUGGGACCAGCAGUGGCAUCGUCAGUAAAGCAACGGCAUUUUGGUUCCUUACCCCGGUAAACCUUCAGGGGGUUUUCUUUGCAUUCAUUUGUUCAGUCUUCUGCAAGUCUCUGGAAAAAAUCUAAUUCGUUUUAUAACCAACCCCAGAUGCGGCAGUGUGUGUGAGAGUGUGUGUGUGCGUGUGUGUUCGCCAGUGCUUGAGAGAAAGGGUUCUUGCUGCAAGGGGAAAAGGAGAACGAAGAAACAAACGGUUUGGAUUUUUUCAAUUCCAUUUUUUGGGGAGGUGAUUUUUUUAGGAAUGAACGCAGAUACGUGCGUUUCAUACUGUGAUAUGACAUCCAUGGAUUCAUAUUAUAACACGCCUUCGCCACACGGUAGGGAUCAACAACCAUCGGAUCCCUUCAGAAUAUUCCAACCGAGUGAAACCAAAUACAGCCCAACGUUCCUACCCAAAGGACAACAGGGUUACGAGGAGAAGUCUCGGAGUCCUUUCCAACAGGAGUGCCAGUCACUGGAUGACGGCACAGAGGAGGGCAACAACUUCAACAAAUACCACCUCUUCAUGCAACGACCGACCUGCAAAACACCCCCGGAAGGCGAAAAACUCCACCAGGAAAGCGGAGGACACAACGACGAGUUCAUCCCCUGCUAUGCCAAAGACAACGGCGGUCUAACCGAAUCUGAGCUGACCCCAAACACCGACUCUCCCGGGAUGGAAGGUUCCUACCUAAACCUGAAGGAACCGGGGUUAGGGGUCAGAGGUCAGGGCUCCGACCACCUCUCCAGUCUCGUGGACAAAGGGAGCGAGGCAGCAGACAGCAACAAGGGAAAGAAGAGACGGAAUCGCACCACGUUCACCUCCUACCAGCUGGAGGAACUAGAGAAGGUGUUCCAGAAGACACACUAUCCCGACGUCUACGUUAGAGAACAACUGGCGUUGAGGACCGAUCUGACAGAGGCUAGAGUACAGGUGUGGUUCCAGAACCGCCGUGCUAAGUGGAGGAAGAGGGAGAGGUUUGGUCAGAUGCAGCAGGUCAGGACUCACUUCUCUACUGCCUACGAGCUACCCCUCCUCACCAGGCCAGAGAACUACACACAGAUCCAGAACCCAUCGUGGCUAGGUGUUGGCAGCGGUGUCUCUCCUGUACCUGGCUGUGUGGUGCCCUGUGACGGGUCAGUCACCUCCUGCAUGCCUCCCCACCCUCAUGGAGGGGUCUCCGACUACCUAGGCGUGCCCAGCCCGGGCGUAAUGGGGCAUGAGGGUCACAUGGGACAGACACACAUAGGAAGUCUCUUUGGGGCUGGAGGAAUGGGCGGAGGAAUGGGCGGAGGAAUGGGCGGAGCGGGUGGUGGCCUCAGCGGAUAUGACCUGACCAGUGUCGACCCAGACAGAAAGUCUUCUAGUAUCGCGGCGCUGCGUAUGAAAGCUAAGGAACACAGCGCUGCCAUCUCCUGGAACACAUGAUGCUAUGGGAUUGUUCCUGGGUCUGGCCCCACCCUGGUCAGACACGCCCUAACCCUGCCUCCUCAUCCAUACUCUCCUGAACCUGGACAAGGCCAUGCCCAGUACUGGGAAGGAGGAAGAGGAGGAGCAGGACGAGGAGGAAGGUCAGGAUGGGACUACGACUACGCCACCUGAUAGCACUAAUAAUACCAAAGCAGGUGAAAUGAAUGAACUACAACCCGAGACGAUAGGAGAGACCAUCACAGGAAACGAUUCAGCAGCUUUAGAAUGAUAUCAACAAUGACGUCACCAUGACAAUCAGCAUGAGACGCUGAGAAAAGAAGACGCUAGACAGAGGGAGUGGUGCUACUUGAUCUCUCAGACCUCUGAAGGGGGAACGUGCCAUUUUCCCUGUCCCUCUUUAUUCCCUAUGCCCACCACCCUGUGUCUCUUUAUUCUCUAUGCCCAUCACCCUGUCCCUCUUUAUUCUCUAUGCCCAUCACCCUGUGCCUCUUUAUUCUCUAUGCCCAUCACCCUGUGUCUCUUUAUUCUCUAUGCCCAUCACCCUGUGCCUCUUUAUUCUCUAUGCCCACCACCCUGUGCCUCUUUAUUCUCUAUGCCCACCACCCUGUGCCUCUUUAUUCUCUAUGCCCACCACCCUGUGCCUCUUUAUUCUCUAUGCCCACCACCCUGUGCCUCUUUAUUCUCUAUGCCCAUCACCCUGUGCCUCUUUAUUCUCUAUGCCCAUCACCCUGUGCCUCUUUAUUCCCUAUGCCAACCACCCUGUGCCUCUUGUUCUGUUGAAACCCCACCACCUGAAACAAAUCUGCUUCAAGCCGGCCUGGUUCCUCUGAGGACACAACGACACGUUGCAAAAACCCCCAUUACAAACACUACAACUCUAAUGAGCAAAACUCCUUGAUCAAGAGCACUGACGAACCAGAGCAAAGUCUUCAUGAAUCAGCCUCAAUCAUAACUUUUCUCUUUCUUCUCACAGCGACACAAUGACCAAUUGUCUAAGAGGUAUUAAUGGUAAUAAGUGAACAUCUGAAAAACAUCUGUGUUUGGUUUUGACUGCAUGGGAUGUGUUGGCAGCUGUAACCCUGUUUCUAGGUUCCUAUAACUAUGGGCGACACAAGCGACACGUGUCCAUGCCAAUUUGGUUGGGGGGAGUGGAGGGCGGAGAGCAGAAAGUGUACACUUGGCAAUCAUAUCAAGUGAAUGUGUAAUUUCCUCCCCAUAGGACCGCCUCCCUCACAGCGCCAAUCUAUCAGGUUACAGGAAACACAUUCUCCCCUAGCAACAGGCAGGAAUAACACAGAAACACUAGUCAGUGAUUGGGCCUGUCAUUAGACAGUGAUUGGGCCUGUCAUUAGACAGUGAUUGGGCCUGUCAUUAGACAGUGAUUGGGCCUGUCACUAGACAGUGAUUGGGCCUGUCACUAGACAGUGAUUGGGCCUGUCAUUAGACAGUGAUUGGGCCUGUCACUAGACAGUGAUUGGGCCUGUCACUAGAUAGUGAUUGGGCCUGUCACUAUACAGUUAUUGGGCCUGUCACUAGUCAGUGAUUGGGCCUGUCAUUAGACAGUGAUUGGGCCUGUCAUUAGACAGUGAUUGGGCCUGUCAUUAGACAGUGAUUGGGCCUGUCAUUAGACAGUGAUUGGGCCUGUCAUUAGACAGUGAUUGGGCCUGUCAUUAGAUAGUGAUUGGGCCUGUCACUAGACAGUGAUUGGGCCUGUCAUUAGACAGUGAUUGGGCCUGUCACUAGACAGUGAUUGGGCCUGUCACUAGACAGUGAUUGGGCCUGUCACUAGACAGUGAUUGGGCCUGUCACUAGACAGUGAUUGGGCCUGUCAUUAGACAGUGAUUGGGCCUGUCAUUAGACAGUGAUUGGGCCUGUCAUUAAAUAGUGAUUGGGCCUGUCACUAGACAGUGAUUGGGCCUGUCACUAGACAGUGAUUGGGCCUGUCAUUAGACAGUGAUUGGGCCUGUCACUAGAUAGUGAUUGGGCCUGUCACUAGACAGUGAUUGGGCCUGUCAUUAGACAGUGAUUGGGCCUGUCACUAGAUAGUGAUUGGGCCUGUCAUUAGACAGUGAUUGGGCCGGUCACUAGAUAGUGAUUGGGCCUGUCACUAGAUAGUGAUUGGGCCUGUCAUUAGACAGUGAUUGGGCCUGUCACUACAUAGUGAUUGGGCCUGUCACUAGAUAGUGAUUGGGCCUGUCAUUAGACAGUGAUUGGGCCUGUCACUAGAUAGUGAUUGGGCCUGUCAUUAGACAGUGAUUGGGCCUGUCACUAGAUAGUGAUUGGGCCUGUCAUUAGACAGUGAUUGGGCCUGUCAUUAGACAGUGAUUGGGCCUGUCAUUAGACAGUGAUUGGGCCUGUCACUAGACAGUGAUUGGGCCUGUCACUAGACAGUGAUUGGACCUGUCAUUAGAUAGUGAUUGGGCCUGUCACUAGACAGUGAUUGGGCCUGUCACUAGACAGUGAUUGGACCUGUCAUUAGAUAGUGAUUGGGCCUGUCAUUAGACAGUGAUUGGGCCUGUCACUAGACAGUGAUUGGGCCUGUCAUUAGACAGUGAUUGGGCCUGUCACUAGACAGUGAUUGGGCCUGUCAUUAGACAGUGAUUGGGCCUGUCACUAGACAGUGAUUGGGCCUGUCACUAGACAGUGAUUGGGCCUGUCAUUAGACAGUGAUUGGGCCUGUCAUUAGACAGUGAUUGGGCCUGUCACUAGACAGUGAUUGGGCCUGUCACUAGACAGUGAUUGGGCCUGUCAUUAGACAGUGAUUGGGCCUGUCACUAGAUAGUGAUUGGGCCUGUCACUAGAUACUAGACAGUGAUUGGGCCUGUCACUAGACAGUGAUUGGGCCUGUCAUUAGACAGUGAUUGGGCCUGUCACUAGAUAGUGAUUGGGCCUGUCACUAGAUACUAGACAGUGAUUGGGCCUGUCAUUAGAUAGUGAUUGGGCCUGUCACUAGUCAGUGAUUGGGCCUGUCACUAGUCAGUGAUUGGGCCUGUCACUAGACAGUGAUUGGGCCUGUCACUAGACAGUGACUCCCUCCCUCCCUCCC